AUGAGUUUCGUCAACAGAGGCUUGAUUCGAAGCUUUAAGUAUGGCAAACAACCACAACUUUACAUCCAUGAGAUAUCCAAAGACUUAGUUAAGGCGUCGUUUUCAAGCAAUCCGUCGAAGUUGGAGGUGGGUACUUUCAGUGGAAUUCCUCCGUUACCGAAUAUGGAGUCACAGCUAGCCAUCAGUACCAAAAAUUUUGUCCCGAACAAGGAUUUUUUUAACUUAUUACAGGGCGUAUUUAAUAAGCACGUCUAUGAAGAUGAAGCCUACAAACUGGACGCAUUGAACUUCACAUCUUCUUACUUACCCAUCGGAGAUUAUAAGGUGGUUCUUCAGUUCAUGAACCAGCGUCCAGAAUAUGAGAAUACCCUCGGUUUUGUGCGUGUAAAUGGCGAUGGUAUCAUGAUAAAGGAUAGCUACCAAGCUAAUGAUAUUUAUGAGCUCUGCAACUCUGAUGGAAUUGUAACGUUGAGUGACUUUAUGCUCAAGGAACUACAAAAACAACUAAAAGAAUGA